UGAUCAGAAGGCUCCACGGACACGCAUGCGCUAGCAGAGUAGCUUCAUUAGAGUUAGUACUUGAAUUUUUUUGCACCGAUCCUCAUUAAGUUAUCGCUAUUCAUUUUUAUUUGUCGCUCACCACGCAAUUCCCCACAUCAGGUGCCUGGAGUUCCUAUCAUACCAAAUUUUUGACCGUUUGAACAAGACAAAGAGAAACAUUGAAGACGCAACUGGCUUUAAAUUGUUCUCAAAAAAAUCAUCUUCACUAAGAAGCACCACUCGACGUUUAUUUCACAAGUAUUUCGUAAAGGCCAACUUCGUGAAGACGCAACUCGCAUAAUUUUGCCUGUUGUGCUCACACGACAGGAGGAGGCUUUUCUUUGGUUUUGAAAAAACACAAAAUUGCUAAAGCUUGUUUGAACUUAAGAACCAAAAGCCACUAAAAAUCCACAUACGCUUUUUACAACUGGUCUCUAUUGCCGAAAAGUCAUCUCCACCCCGACAAGACACCCAGCGACGAACAAAAUGCCGCAAAUUGUCACCGUUCGCCAGCAGCCACCGGUACUUUAUAGGCUUGUUUCUUUUGAAUAAAUGCAUGACAAAUUCAUUUGUUCGUCCUAUUGGUACAAUUGCAAAAAUGCCAGCAUGACAAAUCGCUAGUAUCAACCAAACAAAAACCUUCCUCACAGGUUGUGAUCCAGCAGCCGAUGCAGCCUCAGGUGAUCGUGCAGCAGCCGGCCCAGCCCACGGUGGUCGUGCAGCAGCGACCGCAGGUGGUGUACGCCGCCCCACCGCCUCCGCCGGUGGUCUACGGCGGUCCGGCUUACGCUUAUGAUCCCUACUACUGCGGGAACCCGUAUGCUCCGCGGUGCUACGGAGCUCCACGGUACUACGGAGGGGGCUACGGGUACGGGUACCGCCGCCGCCAGGAAGAGGCCGCCGUCGCCGGCGCGGCCGUCGGCGCUUUGGCGGGAGCCGCGAUCUUGGGUGCUGCGCUGACACUGUAAAAAUAUUAAACCAGUGGAAAAUUUUUAUAGUAUUCUUGUGAGGAGUUUCUGUACGAAGAUAUUCGCGAAUUUGGAUCUAGAUUUUUCAUGGCAAAAGUAGUAGACAAUCAAAAGCUAUGUAUAGAUUCCCUCAAACGAAAUGCCACUGUAGCCAAAAAGACCGUAGACUUAGUUCAGUAUAGACAGUUAAAAGAGCAACAAGUUUUGGCUUCGUCAAUAGCAAAACUGGACAAAAAGUUUAUGGUCUCCAAGCUCUGGGAAACAACAAGUUUUAGUUGUACUAUGUGGAUUUUUGGUUUUCCUUUUCAACAGUUAUAGCAUCAGGUAUGAUCUCAUGUAAAUGGCGACGUUUCGUUAGUUACAUCCAGCUGCAACCAGACAAAUACUACUUUUGCUGAAGACGCACAAAAAAAAACCUGCUAUUGCACGAAAAAUUGACUAAAGUCCUCAUAUUGAAGAUCACAUCUUGGUAUGAGGCAGGAGCAGCUGCUGUGAUAGGUACAACUGGUAUAUCAAAGUUGCGCUAGAAAUCUCCCGGGUUUUCAAAGACCGUCAACACAGCAGCUUUUGGUACAAACAGCUCUGUAACCUAUCAAGAACCGCCCAACAUGAAGCAGCGAGACAAGGAAUAGCUGGUACAACUGUGGUCGUCUUUCAGCAGCGAAUUAUGGGGACUGUCUACAUCAACAGACAUGUAUGAUCAACGGAUUCCGAGACGCCCAUUCGUUUUUUUCUCAAGACGACAUCUUCGCAAGAUUAUUUCGAUCUUAACCUACAGGGCGACCGCUCUUUCAUAAAAAUUUUCUCGUAUGUUAGUACCCACUAAACUACGACGAGGAUGAUGCCAUAUCAGUUUUUUUUGUACGAUUUAGCGAUGCCCUAGUUAACUUUUGGAAAACCAUCUUGGCCCGCCCAAAAGCUGUACAAGAACAUGCGUUGAGUGGAAAUAUUAAAGCGGAUACAACUACAUUUUUCUACAGUUGUUAAAACCCGUAGAUGAAGAGUAAUAUCCAGCUUAUUUUCACGCUUGACCAUAAACUCUAUCCUGGCAUAGCACCUCUGCACGCCUUUCCGCCACGAAUUUGGGUACUACGAGGUGUUAGAAAAUUAAAAAAUACAACCCUGAAGAAGUUGGACGCGAGCGGAAACUCGCUCCUGGAU